CUCAUACCAGCCACAUGUGGUGGCAUAUCGCCCGGAGGCGCCGUGCCCCAUCAUGCCGGCUGCAUGUGCUGCCGCCCGCCACGUGUCAGGUACACAAACACCAAAUGGACGAACAUUCAGGGGUCCGUGUCAAUGUGGUUUAUGUGUGUGUUGUCCAUUAGGUUUCUCUCACCACCACCACCAGCAGGCCAACUACGGCGACUGCGACUGCUGCGACUUGUGUGCGGCGGUGUGCGAGCUGGUCGAGGACAUCGGGGACUGCGUGGUGUCCACCGUCGAGGGUCUCAUCGACCGCCUUAAGUGGUUCUUCAUCUCGAUCGACAACUAAUCCAGCCAUCUGCACGGUGGGUGAGGGCAAAGGAAUCACACGUAGUGGGAGAGGGGAGGGAGAAGACAUGAAUGUAUGAGUGCUCAUUCUUUUCUGUCCAUUUGGCUGUCUGCAGGCAUCUGUUCGCCAGGCUGCGGCCGCAAUGGUGUGCUGCCGGUGCUGCGCGUCUGUUUAUCUCAAUAAUCGAUCUGGAGAGAUCCAUGUACAUAUGGUGACGUAGCUCACACACGACACGAGGGGGAGGAGACACGUGCACCACAUGCGCUUCACUCACUCGCCAC